GUAUGGUUCCAAAAUCGAAGAGCAAAGUUCAGGAAACAAGAAAGACUAAAUCAACAAAAACAAGCACAACAGCAGUCCAAUCAGAAAUCCAGUAACAACAAUAAUGCUUCCAAUAACCAAUCGACGUCAAGUAGCAGUAGCAACGGCAGUGGAAACGGUCUUCUUAUCAACAGUAACGGAUCGUCCAAAGAUUCUAAUAAUGACAAUUCGAAAGUGGUAUCUUCAAUGAUGCCUCCUCCACCUCCACCAAACACUAAAUCUCUUAACGGGAAAUCUCUUCUCGAUGCAAAGUGGAGUGGAUCUCCGAAUCCGUCUCCGUGUGCGCAGAAAUCUGCCCAGCUUAACUCUCCCGUCCUACCUCCGUCCUCCUUCUCCCUCUCCUUUCCUCUCAGUCCACCUGUAGACAGUAAAGCCAACAUCUUUUGAGUACUUUUCCUCUCUUUUCCUGGAUCCCAUUCAUCAGAAUCGGGAGAGGAGUGACGGAGGCAGUUGUUUACUUUCUGUAAUGUGACAAUAUGAUUUAAUAAAGUUCGAAAAAUGUGUUA